GUUAUUAAAACGGGAACAUGGCGGCCGCAGCCCCAGCUUCAGCUUCAUCUUACAAAGCGAAGGUCAGCGCCGGCGGCAGCCGCGGCAGCAGCGGCGGGAGACGGCACUGACCCCGCAUGCUUGAGAUGUAUCUCAGCAGUGAGGCCCCCCACAUGCACAGCCCCUAGAAUUCAUUGCCUGCCUUGCUGAGUCUUGGACCCCUGCCUUGCUCCCUGCACAGGAUGGACUUGCUCUGGGAAUGAAUCUGGUUGAUGCGGUGGAGAGAGCUGUUCUCUGUAGUACCCCUGCCUCACUUCCAGCAGAAGUCGGGACACGUGUGGCAGGCGAGGCAGGGGAUUGCAGGAGGCAGAAGCCGCUCUGGUGCUCUGUGCAGCUGCAUGCUGCCCUGGCAAACAGGAUUCUCUUCCUGGCUGUGCUGCAGACUUCCUAGGUGAUGCUAGUUGCUGAUAUGUGUUCAAGAUGAGUGGGAUGGGAGAAAAUACCUCUGACCCAACCAGAGCAGAGUCAAGAAAGCGCAAGGAUCCCGAUCAGCUUGGACCCAGCCCUAAAAGAAGCACUGAGAAACGCAAUCGUGAGCAAGAGAAUAAAUACAUAGAAGAACUUGCAGAGCUGAUUUUUGCAAAUUUUAAUGAUAUUGACAACUUUAACUUUAAACCUGACAAAUGUGCAAUCUUGAAAGAAACUGUGAAGCAAAUUCGUCAGAUAAAAGAACAAGAAAAAGCAGCAGCAGCUAAUGAAGAUGAAGUGCAAAAAGCAGAUGUAUCAUCUACGGGUCAGAGUGUCAUCGACAAGGAUGCACUUGGACCAAUGAUGCUUGAGGCCCUAGAUGGGUUCUUCUUUGUAGUGAACCCAGAAGGUAAUGUUGUGUUUGUUUCUGAGAAUGUGACACAGUACCUGAGGUACAACCAAGAAGAGCUAAUGAACACAAGCAUAUAUAGCAUCCUGCAUGUAGGGGACCACAAUGAAUUCGUCAAAAUCCUGCUGCCAAAAUCUUUAGUGAACGGGGGAUCUUGGUCUGGUGACACUCCUAGGCGUAAUAGCCAUACCUUUAAUUGUCGAAUGCUGGUAAAACCUCUUGCUGAUGCUGAAGAAGGCCAUGAUAACCAGGAAGCACAUCAAAAAUAUGAAACUAUGCAGUGCUUUGCUGUUUCUCAACCAAAUUCAUUCAAGGAGGACGGUGAAGAUUUGCAGUCUUGCUUGAUUUGUGUUGCAAGAAGAGCUCCAAUGAAGGAAAGACCACUUCUUCCUUCAUCAGAGAGCUUUACUACUCGCCAGGAUCUACAAGGCAAAAUAACUUCACUGGACACAAGUACCAUGCGAGCAGCUAUGAAACCUGGCUGGGAGGAUUUGGUGAGAAGAUGUAUUCAGAGGUUCCAUUCACAGCACGAGGGAGAAAUAUCUUUUGCCAAGAGGCAUCACCAGGAAGUGCUGAGGCAGGGACUAGCGUUUAGUCCUGUUUACCGGUUUUCCUUGUCUGAUGGCACUAUCGUUUCUGCCCAAACAAAAAGCAAGCUCAUCCGUUCUCAGACGACCAGUGAACCUCAGCUCGUAAUCUCCUUGCAUAUGCUUCACAGAGAGCAGAAUGUCUGUGGAAUGAAUCAGGAUUUGACUGGACAAGGAAUGGGGAAGAUAUUGAACCCAAUUAGCUCCAGCAGCCCUGCCCAUCAGGCCAUGUGCAGUGGGAACCCAGGUCAGGAUAUGACCAUCAGUAGCAAUAUAAAUUUUGCCAUAAAUGGCCCGAAGGAACAAAUGGGCAUGCCAGCAGGCAGGUUUGGUGGUUCAGGAGGAAUGAACCAUGUGUCGAGCAUACAAGCAUCCACUCCUCAGGGUAGUAACUAUGCACUAAAAAUGAAUAGCCCCUCACAAAGUAGCCCUGGCAUGAACCCAGGGCAGCCAAACUCUAUGCUUUCCCCAAGGCAUCGUGUGAGCCCUGGAGUGGCAGGAAGUCCUCGCAUCCCACCCAGUCAGUUCUCCCCUGCAGGGAGCUUACAUUCACCCGUGGGAGUCUGCAGCAGCACAGGAAAUAGCCAUAACUACACCAACAGUUCCCUGAACGCACUUCAGGCCCUCAGCGAGGGCCAUGGCGUUUCUCUGGGAUCGUCGUUGGCUUCACCUGACCUAAAAAUGGGAAAUUUACAAAAUUCCCCUGUGAAUAUGAAUCCUCCCCAGCUAAGCAAGAUGGGAAGCCUGGACUCUAAAGACUGCUUUGGACUAUAUGGGGAGCAAUCAGAAGGUACAACUGGACAAACAGAGAGCAGCUGCCAUUCAGGAGAACAGAAAGAUAAUAGCGAUAGCAACAUGCCACCGGUUGCCAGUGGCGAGAGACCUGAUGGACAGAAUAAACUGCAUGAUGGAAAAAGCCAGACAAAGCUCUUGCAAUUGCUGACCACCAAAUCGGAUCAGAUGGAGCCUUCACCUUUGUCCAGUACCAUGGGAGAUGUUAGCAAGGACUCCACGGGAGGGUUGCCUGGGUCUAGUUCGGCACAUGGAACCUCACUCAAGGAGAAGCAUAAAAUUUUGCACAGACUAUUGCAGGACAGUAGCUCUCCUGUAGAUUUGGCCAAGCUCACAGCAGAGGCCACAGGCAAAGAACUGAGCCAGGAGUCCAGUAGCACAGCUCCUGGUUCAGAGCUGACUGUUAAACAGGAGCCAGCGAGUCCUAAGAAGAAUAAUAAUGCACUACUUCGCUACUUGCUAGAUAAAGAUGAUACUAAAGAUAUUGGUUUACCAGACAUACCCCCAAAACUGGAGCGGUUGGACAGUAAGACAGACACUUCCGGUAGCACAAAGUUAAUACCUAUGAGAACGGAAAAGGAAGAGAUAAGCUUUGAGCCUAAUGAACAGCAAGGCAGUGAACUGGAUAACUUGGAGGAGAUUCUGGAUGACCUGCAGAACAGCCAGUUACCGCAGCUUUUCCCAGACAGCCGCCCAGGCGCUCCAGCAGGCUCAGUCGACAAGCAAGCCAUCAUCAAUGACCUCAUGCAGCUCACCAGUGACAGCAGCCCCGGUGCGGCUGUGGCCACUCAGAAACCAGCAAUGAGGAUUUCACAGAGCACUUUUAAUAACCCACGAGCAGGGCAACUGGGCAGGUUAUUACCAAACCAAAACUUACCACUUGACAUCACACUGCAGAACCCAACAGGUGCAGGAACUUUCCCACCCAUAAGAACGAGCAGCCCCUAUUCAGUGAUACCUCAGCCAGGACUGAUGGGCAGGAAUGAAGGAAUGAUAGGGAAUCAAGGAACUUUAGGCAACAGCAGCACAGGAAUGAUCAGUGGCAAUGCCCCUCGACCUGCCAUGACAUCUGGAGAUUGGGGAAGCCAGGCUCCUGCUGUGAGGGUGACCUGUGCACCCACAGCUAAUGCCAUGAACAGGCCAGUGCAAGCAGGCAUGAUCCGCAACCCCACGGCCAGCAUCCCCUUGAGACCCAGCAACCAGCCUGGCCCAAGACAGAUGCUUCCAUCUCAGGUCAUGAAUAUGGGGCCAUCCGAAUUAGAGAUGAAUAUAGGAGGACCUCAGUAUAGCCAACAACAGGCACCUCCAAAUCAGACUGCACCAUGGCCAGACAGCAUCUUGCCUAUAGAUCAGGCAACUUUUGGUAAUCAGAACAGGCAACCAUUUGGCAGCUCACCAGAUGAUCUCUUGUGUAAUCAUCCUUCAUCAGAGUCACCAAGUGAUGAGGGUGCUCUCCUGGAUCAGCUUUACAUGGCAUUAAGGAAUUUUGAUGGUUUAGAAGAAAUCGACAGGGCUCUAGGAAUACCAGAACUAGUCAGCCAGAGCCAAGCUGUUGACCCUGAGACCUUCUCCAGCCAGGAGUCGAGCAUGCUGAUGGAGCAGAAGGCUCCAGUGUUCUCCCAGCAGUAUGCGGCGCAGGCGCAAAUGGCACAGGGCAGCUAUGCACCCAUGCAGGACCCGAGCUUCCACGCCAUGGGGCAGCGCCCGGGGUAUGCAGCCCUGCGUAUGCAGCCUCGGCCCGGCCUGCGGCCCGCCAGCAUCGUGCAGAACCAGCCAAACCAGCUGCGCCUCCAGCUGCAGCACAGGCUCCAGGCACAGCAGAAUCGGCAGCCACUGAUAAAUCAGAUCAGCAGUGUCUCCAAUAUGAAUCUGUCUUUGAGACCUGGAGUGCCAACACAGGGCCCUAUCAACGCGCAGAUGCUGGCGCAGAGGCAGCGGGAGAUCCUGAGCCAGCACCUGCGGCAGCGGCAGAUGCAGCAGCAGCAGGUGCAGCAGCAGCGGACACUGAUGAUGCGAGGGCAGGGCUUGAGCAUGACACCCAGCAUGGUGGCCACCGGUGGCAUACCAGCAACCAUGAGCAAUCCACGGAUCCCGCAGGCAAACACACAGCAGUUUCCGUUUCCUCCAAACUACGGUAUUAGUCAGCAGCCCGAUCCAGGCUUCACAGGGGCCACCACUCCUCAGAGUCCACUGAUGUCCCCAAGACUGGCUCAUACUCAAAGCCCCAUGAUUCAGCAGUCUCAGGCUAAUCCUGCCUAUCAGUCCUCUACGGAGAUGAACGGGUGGGCACAAGGGAAUAUGGGUGGAAGCAGCAUGUUUUCACAACAGUCCCCACCACAUUUUGGGCAGCAAGCAAGCACCAGCAUGUACAACAAUAACAUGAACAUCAGUGUAUCCAUGGCAACCAACACAAGUGGUAUGAACAACAUGAACCAGAUGACAGGGCAGAUCAGCAUGACCUCAGCGACCUCUGUGCCUACAUCAGGGUUGUCCUCCAUGGGUCCUGAGCAGGUUAAUGAUCCUGCUAUGAGGGGAGGCAAUCUUUUUCCAAACCAGCUGCCUGGAAUGGAUAUGAUAAAGCAGGACGGAGAUGCAGCACGGAAAUAUUGCUGACCCUGAGGGUGGUUUGGUUGCUCCUUUCUUCAGCUGACUGGGCUUACGGCCCCAAAUCCUUACCGGUUUGAAGAGCUGCAUCUGUUUGUCAUGACCCAACUGGGCUGCCAGCGCCAGUGGCAGCUGCCUGCUGCCAACAGGACUCAGCCCUACCUUCCCAAGGGGAGCCGGGGCGGUUGUUGCCGAAGAGCAGCCUCUUUGACAGUCUGAAGCUAGCGUACAGACAGUUGCUCAGUCUGUUCACUGCAUUCACCUUAGUGCAACUUAGAUCUCUCCUGCGAAGUAAAUGUUGACAGGCAAUUUUCAUAAACCAUGUCAGAUUGAA